AUGAGUGGAGAACUUGUACUAAACGUGAAUGAAUAUGCACACUCGUCAGAUUUCCAUGUAAAUUCCAGCCAGACCAAGCAGAAUAUAAAUAAUUGGUCUUAUCCAGAUAAUAGGUCACGAGGUGACUAUGAUCAAUGGUCAGCAGUACCGAAUCUAGAAGAUACAUUGCAGCAACAAACGCCUGUCAUAAAAAUAAAUGCAACAACAAACAAUAAUUCCAAUUCCAAUCGGAACAAGCAGAAUAUAAGUGAUUGGUCUGAGCCAGAAAAUAGGCCCCAAAGUAACUCUCAUCAAAGGUCAGCAGUACCGGAUCUAGAAAAUACAUUGCCGCAACGAACGCCUGUCAUAAAAAUAAAUGUAACAACAAACAAUAAAUCCAAUUCCAAUCGGAACAAGCAGAAUAUAAGUGAUUGGUCCGAUCCAGAAAAUAGGUCCCAAAGUAACUUUGAUCAAUGGUCAACAGUAUCGAAUUUAGAAAAUACAUUGCAAGAACAAACUUCUGUUGUAAAAAUGAAUACAAUAACAAACAACAAUGCGUAUUCAAAUAACGCCAAACCCAAAAUAUGCGAUUGGUCUUAUUCAGAUAGUAGGUCACGAAGUGACUUUGAUCAAUGGUCAACAGUACCAAAUCUAAAAAAAACAUUGAAGCCACAAACGCCUGUCGAAGAAAUAAAUACAACAACGAACAAUAAUUCGAAUUCAAAUCAAUAUUAUCGUUCAACUUCAACAUAUACGUUUCAAAGUGAACUCACCAUUGGUUCAAUAUCCGAAGAAAAUGAAAAACAACGUCGUCCAUGGUUUAUUUGGAUUAUGUCUAUCAUACAAUUGUGUGUUUUCAUAUUCGAGAUUAUAUAUAACUCGCUAUUGACUACUCGUCCUAUUGAAACAAAUCUUUCUCUCAAUCCUUUAUUUGGACCAAAUCCAUAUGUUCUAAUCAAUAUUGGUGCUAGCUUUUCUCCUUGUAUGCAUGCAAUUGAUGGUAUCACAAAUAAUGUUAGUUCAACCAGUUUUCCUUGUCCAAAUAGUGCAACAUUGACAUAUACUGGAUGUACUCUUAGUGACUUAUGCGGUUAUAAUGGUGUUUCAAGUACACCUAAUCAAUGGUAUCGCUUUAUUAUACCGAUAUUUUUGCAUGUUGGUAUCGUUCAUAUUAUUUUUAAUUUACUUGGUCAACUUAUGAUCGCAGGAGAAAUAGAGAAAAAAAUCGGUAUACUUCGCAUAGCUUUUAUUUAUUUUGCGUCAGGUAUUUUUGGUUUUAUACUUGGAGGCAAUUUUGCACCGAAUGGACUUUGUAGAGUUGGAUGCAGUGGUUCAUUAUUCUCAACCAUUGCACUAUCAUUUCUUGAUUUACUUUAUUAUUGGAAGAAAACAAAACGUCCAAAAAUACAACUUACUAUUCACUUGAUCGAUAUUAUUGUCAAUUUUGUAUUAGGAUUGUUGCCUGGUAUCGAUAAUUUCAGUCAUGUUGGUGGCUUCGUUAUGGGAUUAUUAUUAGGUUUGGGUAUACUCGGUUCACCAGUAAAUUUCCGACGGCACAAAAGGCCAAAACUGUCUAGACGCAACACGAACGAAUGGAAAAAUCGACCAUGGUAUCAAAAAUUAUUUUACAAUCGACAGAAGAAAUGGUGGGCAUGGUGGUUAGUAAGAUUCAUUGCACUUGCUGCUGCGAUUACCAUAUUCGUACUCUUCACAGAAAGUUUUUAUUCAGGAAGAAUAAAAUGUGACGGAUGCAAAUAUCUUAGUUGUCUUCCUGUCAACGGCUGGUGUGAUUUAGGCAAUAUUCAGGCUACCAAUGGUUAA